GUAUGUUUGACAAUGACAAACCAAAUUCCGAAAAUUCCUCAGGUAUGUUCGAUAAGAAAAAUACUGGCACUGUAAACUUUGAAGAGUUUGGAGCACUAUGGAAGUAUGUCACAGACUGGCAGAAUUGCUUCAGAUCCUUUGAUCGUGACAAUAGUGGAAAUAUAGACCGAAAUGAAUUGAAGAAUGCUUUAGUAAGCUUUGGAUAUAGGUUAUCAGAUACAAUAAUUGACACUCUGAUGCGCAAAUAUGAUCGAGCUGGCAGAGGAACAAUAUACUUUGAUGAUUUUAUUCAAUGCUGUGUUGUCUUAUACACAUUGACUUCAGCUUUUCGACAAUAUGACACAGAUUUGGAUGGGGUUAUCACAAUUCAUUAUGAGCAGUUCUUAGGAAUGGUUUUUAAUUUGAAGGUGUAGGACCCUCAAAGAGAACUGUAUGCGUUUACUUGUUCACUAUUGUUCAUAUUCGUAAUUUGAAAGAGUACUAUAUGGCCUGUGUGUUAGAAAAUGAUUGAUUUCAUAAAAUCUAUUUAUGGAGUCUGCCAAAAUUAUGCCAAAUGCUAGUUGCUUGUAACUUGAAAUUUUAUCUUUUAUAAUAUACUUACAACCACAUUCAUAUUUGGCCUAUACACAAAUAUACUCUAAAGAUUCAGCGUUAAAUACACUAAGGAUGAUAUAAAUGUUUCCAAUCAGAUGAUAUAUUACAAUUAUUUUGCUCUAAGCUGCAGAAGUCAAUAUGAAAAAUCCAACAUUCCUAUAUAUUAAAAGCCGUAAAAGAUUAAAAAACUACUGAAAGUUAUGAAAGAUUUUGAAAAUAACAAUAUUAAUAAUAUUUAUAAAAAAGUUUUACUAUAAGUAAAAGAAAAGAAUGAGCAGACAGCUAAAACUUUUGUUAUGCCAAGGGUAAAAAACUUUUAUAAAUGAUAAAACAUCAAAGUCAAUCAAAUAAUUUACAGACAUUUUUACAUGUUAUACUAUAAAUAUUAUAUACUUAGCUUAAAAAACGUCCGCCGUUAAGUAAUGUCUUUAUCAAAAGUGUAAUUAUUUAUUAUAUCAAGAAGUUUUUUGAUGACAGUGCUACUUGCGUGACUAUUAUAUACAAUUGUCUUAUAUACAUAUGUAUUUUCUCAAAUAUUUUUACAUGUAAAUAUUUUUCUAUUUGUAUCUGUAAUAAUCUAAUAAUACUAUUAUGUAAUAAUAUUAUUAUUGAAUGAUCAUAUUAAAUUUUUAUUAUAAAGUAUGAUUUGUCUAAUGAAUUGUAUUUUAUUUCUCUAAACUUUUAUCUAUAUACUAAUUGUAUAGAAAAGUUACAACUGUUUAUACCUAUAUAUAUUAGCAGAAGAAGAAUACAUAAAUCAUCUAUAAUGUGUCAGCCGGAAUAUGGAGGUUAUGUUUACAUCAGUGUGAUAAAUAUAUCGUAUAGAGCCAGGACUUAUUCGCGUAUAUUUCUGCUCUGACGCAACUAUAUAAAUGAUAAGAAUAAAUGUAUCGUUGCUUAGAAGGGGUGAUAAAACUUUUAAAUCUUAUAAAAGAAUUGAAACAGAACUAUAUUGUUAUUUCAAAAAGUCUUUAAAUUAUUAAGAAAAGAGAUAAUGCUAACCGAAUUUAUUGAAAUUAAUGAACUAGUCUUAUCAUCUAUUUUAUUAUGUGGUGUACUUAUACCUUUGCUGAUAAUAACGCUCUUACGAAUGAGAUUUUCAAAAAAUCGUCGUAAAAGAAAAGAAAAUGAAAUAACCAUUGGUAUAUUUCAUCCCUACUGCAAUGCUGGUGGCGGUGGAGAACGAGUGCUUUGGGCUGCUGUCCAUGCAUUACAAACUAAAUAUCAAAGUGGACAGAUUUACAUUUACACAGGAGACUUGGAUGCUGACAGAGACAAAAUUCUCAAUAAUGUUGAGAAAGUGUUUAACAUAAAGGUGCAAGAUAAUGUCAAGUUUAUAUACCUAUUCACCAGAAAAUGGGUUGAAGCUGAUAAUUAUCCAUAUUUUACAAUACUUGGGCAAAGUUUAGGAUCGAUCCGGCUUGGAUUUGAGGCACUUCAACAGUUGCAACCAGAUAUAUUUAUUGAUACCAUGGGUUAUGCCUUUACAUAUCCAUUAUUUAAGUACAUUGGAGGAUGUAAAGUUGCAUCGUAUACACAUUACCCAACCAUAUCAACAGAUAUGCUGAGGCAUGUGUAUCGUAGAGCUUAUGCACGUAAUAACCGUAAAGUUAUAGCUAGAAAUCCAUUUUUAACAGCAGCGAAAAUUGUAUAUUAUAAAAUAUUUGCCUUUUUAUAUGGUAUAGUUGGUAGAACAGCUGACAUAAUAAUGGUGAACUCUUCGUGGACUGAAGAUCAUAUCAAUUCUAUUUGGAAAUGUCCUUUGCAGAUUCAUCGAAUUUACCCUCCAUGUGAUAUAGAGAAACUCGUGACUUUACCAUUAAUAACGGAUGAAGAAAAAGGAGACAUCAUUCGCAUAGUUUCAGUAGGACAAUUUAGACCAGAGAAGAAUCAUCCCCUUAUGCUCAGGGCUAUGUAUGAAUUGAGGUCAAUAGUUGAUGAAGAGACUUGGAAGAAAAUACGUCUAGUUUUGAUUGGCUCAACACGUAAUCACGAUGAUGAAGUUCGAGUAAAGGAUAUGGAAGAUUUGUCAAAACAUUUAGCUUUGGAUAAGAAUGUAGAGUUCCACUUGAAUAUCUCAUAUUCAGAUUUGAUUACUCAGCUUGAACAAGGAACUAUUGGCCUACACACAAUGUGGAAUGAACAUUUUGGAAUAAGUAUUGUUGAGUGCAUGGCGGCAGGACUUAUCAUGGUUGCUCAUGCCUCUGGUGGACCCAGAGCUGACAUUAUUGAGACACAAACUGGAUCUCAAAAUGGAUUUUUGGCACAAGAUGCUGAAGAAUAUGCCCAAAUUCUGGCUUACAUCAUCAAGAUGACUCCAAAUGAAAGGGAUACUAUACGAAAUGCUGCUAGAUCAUCUGUUCACAGAUUUUCAACUGAACAUUUUGAAAAGGAAUUCUUGAGAACAAUUGAGCCACUCUUUCGAUUAGAAUAAAGUGUUACCUACUUGGACAAAUAUAUAAAUUUAAUUAGCGUGAAAUUUUUAAUAAAUUUUAUAGAUAAUAUAUUUAUAUUAGAAUUAAUUUGUUGAUAAUAUGAUAAGAAAUAAAUACUGAAUUUACUAAAAUUGUGGCCAGAAUUAAAAGCUUUAUCCAUAGAAUAUUUUCUUAAUAAAUACAAUUAUAAGGUCUCCAAAACUAUUUUGUUAACAUUACAGUCAAAACUAAUAAAGAAUUUCAAAAACAUA